UUUGGGGACAGCGUCACACACACACACGCACACACACAUACACACACACACACAUCUCUACAGCACUAUCUGGGAAAACUACCUGGUAUUUCUUUCCUGCCAAAUACGACGGUUUAUUAUUAUUAUUACUAUUAUUAUUUUUUAUAAUUCCUAUUUUUGUUUUUGCUUUUUGAAACACUGACAUGGAGCAAGAACACAACCUCAGUUACCAUUCUGUUUGCCACAGCUGCUUGAGGAGAGACAGUGGCAUAAAUAAGGGCCAUAAGCUGUGCUCGUCCAGUCAGAUGCUCGUGUGCGCGCUUGUUUUAUCCUUCUGCGUGUUUGAAAUCGCUGCCGCAGAGACGCUGUGCGGAGGAGAGCUGGUGGAUGCGCUGCAGUUCGUGUGCGAAGACAGAGGCUUCUACUUCAGUAGGCCAAUAAGCAGAACGAACAGCCGACGUUCUCAGAACCGUGGCAUUGUGGAGGAGUGUUGUUUUAGGAGUUGUGAUCUUGCACUGUUGGAACAGUACUGUGCCAAGCCAGCCAAGUCAGAGAGGGACGUCUCAGCCACUUCUCUUCAGGUCAUAUCUGUGAUGCCAGCAUUAAAACAGGAUAUCCCAAGAAAACAUGCGAUUAUAAAAUAUGUCAAUUAUGGAGUCUGGCAACAGAAUGCAGCCCAGAGACUACGGAGAGGCAUCCCAGCUAUCCUGCGAUCGAGGAAGUUCAGGCCGCAGGCAGAAAAGAAAAAGGGCCAGAGACAGGCCAAAGUCCACAAGCGUCUUAUCACACUUCCCAGCAAACUCCCUCCCUUAUUGCAUCCCACAGAAGACUACGUCAGCCACAAGUGAAGACAGGAUAAUUUGCACAGUGAUAAAAGAGUAGGGGAUCAUAGCUUUGUAUCUGGCGUCAUUUCCGUGGUGGUCCUCUACAUCCUGCCUCCCUCCCUCACACAUACAUGUUUGCAUUCUUCCAGUCCUUACUCUUGCUGUUUCGUUCAUCAAUAUGGACAAACGAGACUGAAAUAAGGAUGGAAGAUAACAGUUUGGGUGACAGAAAUUCAGGUGGAUGCUAAAAACGAUUAAGAGGAGCAAAGGAAGCAUACGUGAUGAAAGAGAUAUAUGGCUUGCAAGAGUCAAGGACAGUCGUUUUGGAGGACAUCAGAACAUGAAGAACUGCUAGCACAAACAACAAGCAUUCAACAACAUUCUCCCAAGGCAGAAGUAUAUCUUCUCAGUUAAUCCUUAUCCUUAUUCGUUACUUUGCACCGCUCACUAUAAAGGGACAUCCACACUGUAAGGAAUUGUUUUGUAAAAAUUAGAUUCCUGUUCCAGCACCUUCUAAUCACAAACAAAAAAAGCAGAAAAGUAUCUGCAAAUUGCACAUUGCCACGGAUUAUGUCAAAGUUCUUGUUGAGUAAAUAAAGGCACUAUUUUUUUACGGACAAUGAACGUGUAGCUAAAAAAAUGUCAUGGUGCUAGUGUUGUGAAUAGACUCAAAGGAAAGGAAGUUUGAAAAGCACGUUUUUUUGUUCUUCAAAUAAUUAUUAAGCUUUCCGUUUUAAGGAAAGUGUGACUUACAAAGAGAUAAAAUGAGCAUAUCGGCUGUGGCAAUGUGUGAAGGGGGUGCCACUGUGUAUGGACGUGUCUUGUAUCAAAAUGUGCAACAGUCGCGCCGUGCCCCCCUGCUUCAGUUCUCACUGCACUCAAUUGAAGGAGCCGUACGUGAGGACACUGAAAGGGUGACGCUCAGGCCUGGACUGCACAUAGCCCUGGCCUUGCACUGCAGGAAAUGGGAGUAAAGGGACUUGGAAUAAGUGGGAUGUUUUUUGUUUUGUUUUUUAAAUCUUCUGCUUUCUCUUCAAGAAGAUUUUUUUUUUAAAGGUAAAUCAAAACCCGUUCAGUCUCUGGUACCGUGACGUUCCUGUUGAUGCAAAAUAGACUUUUUUUCAUCAUUUAUUUUUUUUUUUUUGGAUGUUAUUUUACGGUUCUGAGGAAAGGCACAAAUAUCAUUUCAAAGGGAAUAAAUACGCAAUAAUUUCAACUAACAUUUAUUUUAAAAUUUAUAUCAGUAGUAUUCACAUGCUUUUGCCUGAAAACAAAUACUUGAAUAUAUAAAUAUUAAAAUGUAUAGUACCAGUCAAAUGUUUGGACACACUUGAAGACUCAUUCAUAGUAAUGAGGAGGAAAUGUGUCCAGACUUUUGACUGGUACUGAAUAUAUAUAAAAUUAGUUUCCAGGGACGUCAUGUUAUAUUCUUUUAGUCUGAGCUGUAUCUUGCAUAAUGAGCCGCCAAGCUUUUUGUUUGUUUGUUUAAAUAUAAAUAUGGGCACUGUAUAAAGGCAUUAUUUAUUUUGUUAUAAAAAUAUAUAUAUGAAAAUUGGUCCAAAUACAGUAAUAUACAUAGCACUGAUGCUCAACUGAUGGAAUUUAUUUUAUAUGCUCUCCUUUUCCCAUUGUACUUGUACUGCUUUUUUUUUUUUUUGUAGAUGCUUUGUACCAAAAAUAUUCUUUUCUCCUUUUGGUUUGCCACUGAGCUAUUUCAGCUAUUUUAAAAUUCAUAUUUAAACAGCAGAAGUACCCUGGACUGCUUAGGCAUGUUGUCACAAAAACAGGCACAUACUCAGAAGACUCUGCGUUUCUUCACUUCUUGCUUCUCUCACAUGGUUUUUUGGUUUGCCAAAUGGAUUUCUGUUAUUAAAAAUACUCAUGCUUGACUUAUUACACUUGUUCCAUAUGCAGUAACAAUAACUGAAGCAGUUUUGUUCUAAAGGAAAUGGUGAUGUUGUCAUUAUUGCUAUUUUAUUGGUAUCAUUAAAACAUAAAUACAUAUUCAGUGUAGGUAUAAGUGUUAAAUGACCACUUCAUAUAUCAGCUCAGAGUGGUGUUUAGAAGCCAGCAGCUGGAGGGAGAUAUAAUGCUCUUUGACACCGAUUUGUAACUGAGUGAAGCUUAGUCACAGAUGUGUGUAAAGGGCAGUUUCUAUUAAUGCAAUUAUCCACUGACAGCUGAAGUGCUCAUCCCCUUGGUGUUCACUGAAGGCCACUGAGGUGAUGCUUAUCCAUCAUAAAUGUGGGCAUUUACAAGUGGCCCACUUCCCUUCUCUUUCUACAUGCCAUACAUCUGGCUUUUGGUGGGACUUUGGUGGUUACUUCCGUGUGACAAUUUAAUAAUAAUAAUAAUAAUAAUAAAUAAUAAUAAUAAUAAUUCAUUGUUAAAGGGCUACCCUAAAAAAAAGCAGGUUUAAAACUCAGGUAGAAAACAAAAGUUUAUAGAAGACAGAAGUGUUGAUUUGGGACUAUCAAUAAUUAACAAACAUUUCCUUUAUAAAAUAUUUACCACACUUUGGGAUGGAGUAAAAUGAGCCAAUAAUGUUAUUGAAUACAGAACAACAUUUAGCAUCAUGACCUGACAAAUUAAUAUACCACUUUUCCUCCACAUUCCUUCCUCUCUGUAUUCUUAUCAGUUGUUUGAUUAAACAGUGCAAUUAUUAUUAUUAUUAUUAUUAUUAUUAUUAUUAUUAUUAUUAUUAUUAUUAUUAUUAUUAUUAUUCCUGUGAGGACUGCAUCCACUCUUUUGUUUGAACAGAUUUCUAUGUGAUCAUAAAGGUAAAACAUAAACUGCGUGGAAUAUAGAGGGAUCUUUUGCCUAUAUGUCCAGGCAAACAUCUAUGUCCAUACAAACAUACUAGUACCAGUAGCCCACUCAACCUGUGUGUAUGUUUAUUGACUUAACCUCUGCACGCUACAACGUCCAAAAUGCACAUUUCAUGUACUUUCAUUUUUACUAUCAAUAAAGAAAACAUUUUAUGAAA